UUGAAUAUGAAAACUAUAAAUAACAACACCAUCAUCACCUUUCUCUCUCUCAAAUCAAACCAUUUUCUCAACUCUCCACCAAAAGGCAACAACAAUGAAUCAAGAGAUUGAUGUUUCUCCAUUUUUUCUAUGCCCUAUUUCACUUCAACUCAUGACCGAUCCGGUUACUGUCUCUACUGGCAUAACCUACGAUAGACAAUCCAUUGAAAAAUGGCUCUUUUCUUCCCAAAACAAUACAUGUCCUGUCACUAAACAACAACUCUUACAUGAUCAUCAAAAUCUCAUUAUUCUCACACCGAACCACACUCUUCGUAGACUCAUUCAAGCUUGGUGCACCAUUAACUCCUCUUAUGGCGUUGAAAGAAUUCCAACCCCAAAACCACCAACAACAAAAACCCUUAUAGAGAAACAUCUCAAAGAAGCUUCUGAUUCUUCAGAUUCACCUCAUUUGCUCAUUCAAUCCCUCAAAAAGCUCAAAGUAAUCGCUUCGGAGAGCGAAACAAAUCGACGGUGUAUCGAAUCUGCCGGUGCUGUAGAGUUCUUAGCAUCAAUAGUAACAAAAAACAACAUAAGAUGUUCAUCUUCAUGUUCAACAGCAGAAUUAUCCGAAACCACCAUUCUUGAUGAUGAUGAUGAUAUGGAAGGAUUUGCAUUAGACUUUAAUAUUAAUGCAGAAGAUGAAGCUAUAUGCAUCCUUUACAAUCUUCAUUUAACAGAACAAGGUUUGAAAACUCUCUUAAACUUCAAAAAUGGAGAAUUCUUAGACUCUUUAAUGAGAUUACUACAAAAGGGUAAUUACGAUUCAAGAACAUACGCAGUUUUUUUGUUGAAAUCUAUGUCAAAGGUUGCUGAUUCGUCAAAACUAGCCAAUCUAAAAACCGAGUUUUUUGUCGAACUAGUUCAGCUUCUUAAAGAUCAGAUAUCAAAAAAAGCCUCAAAAUCAACCCUACAAACGUUAAUUCAACUCGUUGAAAUCGGGAGAAAUAGAGUAAGAGCAGUGGAAUCAGGUUGUGUUCAAGUUUUGAUAGAACUUCUUCUUGAUUGUAAAGAAAGGAAGCCAUGUGAGAUGAUUUUGGUGCUUUUGGAGAUGUUAUGUCAAUCUGCUGAUGGAAGAGCUGAACUUUUAAGCCAUGGAUGUGGUUUAGCUAUUGUUUCAAAGAAGAUUUUGAGGAUUUCAACAAUGGCCAAUGAUAGAGCAGUGAGAAUUCUUCUAUCUGUUGCAAGAUUCUCUGCAACACAUAUAGUUGUUCAAGAAAUGUUGCAAAUAGGAGUUGUUGCAAAGCUUUGUUUGGUUCUUCAAGUUGAUAGUGGAAAUAAGGCUAAGGAGAAAGCAAGGGAGAUUCUUAAACUUCAUGCAAAGUCUUGGAGGAAUUCUCAUUGUGUACCUACUCAAUUGCUUUCUUCUUAUCCAUCAUCAAGUACUUGAAAAAUUAGAGGGUCUUUUUUACAUUGUUUAUACCCUUUUUUCUUUAUUAAUUUUUUUGUAUAGAAAAUAGAUUUGUUUAAAGAAGGUUGAUUAGAUGGAACAAGGGAUAGGUCUGGAGCCUGGACAUAAAAGGAUACUUUCCAUAUGAAGAAUGGGUUGGAAACAAAUUGGGGUUGUUUAUUGUGAAUUAGUGCUGAUACAACAAAGUUUAUCAGGACAAUUUUGUUACUUGUUUUAAUGUAAUUUGUUUUUGAGUUUUACUUAAAUUUGUGUUGCUUAAAAUGAUGUAAGCAUUCAUUACGAAGUGAUUAGUAUUAUGAUACUAUAUUUAGUUUUACUUAAAUUUGUGGGAUGCGGUCAACGGUUAGAUGAAUUUUGAGAGAUUGACACAAUAUUCUGGUGAGAGAUAUUUUGUAAUGUAGAGAAAAAUGGGUCUGCUUACUCUUCAUGCAAUACUUGUUUAUUUUGCUAUUGGGCUUUGUUGCCGACUUAGAACAAUUGCCCUCGAGCCCUUGUCCAUGUGUUGUAGCGCGAGAGUUAGUGAAAUAUGUUGUUAACAGGCCAUGGCAUCUGCGGGUGUGGACAUCUUAGAUGAAACGUUGCUGCUUUAGGGGAAUGGAUGCAUUAAGUGCUACUCUUGGAAGUUGUAACGCAUUGCUGAGAGAUUGACACUUUUAACUGACAAACAGCAACAGUACUCCUCCUUAGAUUGCUUGAGUGCUUUGUUCAGAGAAGAUAUCUACCGUUAGUGGUGAGUUUUUGAUCGCAUGACCCUAAGUGAUCGAGCAGGGUAUA